UACGUGGGUCUGGAUAUGGAUAAGAGAAUCGUGUUCCUGUCCGUGGUUUUGACAGACGCCAACAAUCACAACGUGCCCCAGUACCGAUCCAUCUUAUGGCGGACCACGGGGACUCAGAAAAUCUGCAUACCCUACAACCCUGCCAAGCCUAUGUCAGUCAAAAGAAUCUUGAGCCGGUUCGACAUAAAAAUGGAAAAGUCCCCGAAAGAGAUAUUUACUCCAGAAUACAGAAGGAAUUACUUCUUCUUGAGGAGCAAGAAGGUUCGGUCAACUUCAAAUUUGGAGUGCUUUAUGCUAAAGAGGGACAGAAAUCAGACGACGAGAUGUUCAGCAAUGAGGAUGGAAGUGGAGAGUUUUAUAACUUUGUCAAACUGUUGGGUGACCGCAUCAAGUUAAAGAAUUGGGACAAGUUUAACGGUGGUCUAGACGUCAAGAACAAUACAACAGGUCUUGAGGCUGUAUACACGAUGUACGAAGGUCACGAAAUCAUGUUCCAUGUAUCCACGAUGCUGCCAUACUCCAAAGACAACAGACAACAGGUUGAAAGAAAACGCCAUAUUGGUAACGACAUCGUGACCAUAGUCUUUCAGGAACAAGAUGACCCGGAAGCAGAGCCUACCUUCAAGCCGUCCAUGAUCAAAUCGCAUUUCACCCAUAUAUUUGCUCUAGUAACGUUUAAUAGGUCAAGUAAUUCGUACAGGUUACGGGUCUUUUCCGAGGAAUCAGUGCCUUUGUUCGGACCACCACUGCCUUCUCCUUCCAUUUUCGACGACCCACAAGCAUUCAGAGAUUUUCUUCUUGUCAAACUUAUCAACGGUGAGAAAGCUGCCUUCAACACGCCUACCUUCUCCAACAAGAGACAGAGAACCUUAGAGAUGCUGAUUAAAAAUCUGCAACAGGAUCUACCAGAGACAAACAAAAACAUGCUGAACAAGCGAUCCUUAAGUGACGUCAUCCCCGAGCCUGUGUGGGGUUGGAGGAGCAAGAAGGAAGAGGCUAGACAAGUGGAAUUUGUUCGAGUCGGUCAGCUGUUGAAACUGAAGACAAUCGUCAAAGGAGAUGCCCCAACGAGCCUAGCGACAACAAGUCUCCUGAAAAGAGAGCCUUGGGAGCCGCAGUGCAUUCACAAUGACUUCGCACACGAAGUGCAGUGUGGAGAUUCUUGGGGCGAUCGGCUUAUCGUCGGCACCGAGGUUGGAAUAUUCUGCAUUGAAGAGGGUCUUCCUCCACGCAUGCUCUUUGACCGGACAGUGUCUGUCAAGCAGUUGAGUGUCGUCGAGGCUCACGAUUUACUCAUUUUCAGAGCUGAUAAAGGGAAGGAGAGCAGGGUAUACGUGUUUCGUCUGACUGACUUUGAAGGCGAACCGAACGAGCUAGUGGUACGAACCAAGAAUGAUUGCAAAGAUCACAAAUUGGAAAGAACGAAAGGUUGUCAGCUGUACGCCUUGAGUCGUCCUGGAGGAAGCCACUUACGCAUGGUGGUAGCCGUUGCUAAGAAGUUGUUGGUGAUGGCGUGGAAGCACAGCGCUGCAUGGACGGCAUGGUGCGGAGCGGCCGACACCGACCCGGUAGAAGGCUUCACGUUCGUCAGGGAGCUUGUUGCCUCGGAGGUGCCCACUCUCAUGACGCUGGUAGACGGCGGGAAGGAAGAUAACCAGAUAUGCGUUGCCUUCAGGAACCAGUUUGACCUGGUCAACGAGAAGAAUGGAGACACAUUCCGUCUUCAUCUCGUUGAGACCAGCAAACAGGUGAACCUCGUGUCUACCUUGGAUAUAUACGAAGAUGAGGAACCCGAACUUCUCUUGUCUUACAAUCAUGUGUCCCAAUUUAAGAAGCUUUCAGGCGAGAAUUCGUCAGAUUUUGACAUCCAUUGGAACUCCGCACCUAAAGCCAUCGUUUGUGCCUUCCCUUACAUUCUGGCGUUCACACACGACUCCGUGGAGAUUCGCCUCGUUGUGAAUGGCAACCUCGUUCACACGAUGACCAUGCCACGCCUCAACCUCAUCUCAUCCAAGUGCGACCUGCACUUCACGUCUACGGGUACUCCCGACCUACUGCACGGCCUACAGCCAAGUCCUAAGGACCCUGUGCGUCCGUUCAGCCCACUUGCUAGUCCCACCAACCCCAAUGCAAUUGCUCCCCUGAUGGGUUCCCCCACCCGCAUCUUCAAGAUCCCACUGAUAAGUCUAGUUGGACAGAUGACAGAGCGGGCCGUCCCACCGACCAACAAUCGGCCACGAUCCUUCAUUUCCCCUUUGGUCAACAUCGCCGAAACAUCCCCGGGCGGCGCCAGCAAAACCAAUGCAUCCGGACUCACAACCCGACCUCAGAGCGACACAGCGCUCUCGCAGUACGAGAAGAAUCUGGCCAACGACAGCGGCAACGCGGAGGGCCUGACGCCGUGGCGGAACACCUACCAGCUGCCUCGCCCCUCGGCUGAGUACUCAGACUCCGGGUACUCGGAAUCUGACGUGUCCUUCGAGUCCACAGAGUGCACUGACGUGCCCCGCGGCUACCCCUACGACCCGCAACGUGCGGGCCAGGACUCGUCAGCCGAGAUGAGACGGAAGAUGUUCAGUUGUCUGCAUUCUCCACGGCAGCACCGACGGACCGUGUCAUCACAAAGCGCUGACCCGGAGGCACGAGCCGAACUCCUGGGCACCUCCAAGUCCAAACCCGGUACGCGGUCUCGGUUCGGUUCGAAUCACUCGGAUUCGGUGUUCUACAGUAACUCGCGAAUGGACAGUAGAUCGAGCUCGGUAGCCUCCGAGUCUGAUUCCUCUCGAUCGGACACCACCGUACAAUCCUGGCCCCGCUCCCCCCGGUUCAGUAGCAGCGGCUCCACCGCGUCGCAGUCUGAGGCGGAGAUGAGAGCGGAACUCCUCGGGAAACUCCUGCGGUCUCCGAAGCUUGGUCGCCCCUCCACUUCAUCAACCAUGUCCACUCAAUCAGACUCCGAAGACCGAGGCUCAGUCUUCGAAAGUACCAGUCCGGUCAGAGACAAAACCAGCCUUCCUUUCUAUCUUUCCUCAUCAGUCGACGAAGAAGACAUUGAUUUAAAGUAAAGAUUGUCCAGGGAAAACCACGAGGAUACUGAAGACCGACUACAUCGAUUCCAGAGUUAUUUUUGUAUUAAAAGUUGUAAUGCAUUCCAGUGCGCAUAUUGUAGCUCCUUAAAUUUUCCCAUUUUCUCCCUUAAAAAAUGAAUUCAAUUUUACUUCUUUUGGAUUUUUUGACAAUUUGAAUUCUACGCAUGUACAGUACAAGAAAAAAUGCCCAGGCAAAACCUCGAAUCCGAAAUGGAAACUUCGCGGUUUUAUUUUUCAAUUAAUUUGGGAAACGAUAUUCUUUUGAGAGGCAAACGUUUCGUUCCGGGGUUAGUCGACGACGCAGAUGCAUUUAGCUUUGUUUCAUGUUUGCGUAUUGCUCUAUACUGAAACAAAACGUCGUGCUGUGUGCUUUCCGAAACUGUGAGAAUUUAGGACGAGAUCGGCUUGACAGUUGCUCACAGAGGACGAAAUCGCGCACGUGUCGUAAACAUGCCGCCAGCUAGCUCCGGAUUUCACCAAAUUCGCAGUGAAAACUGCAACAAGUUUGCUCUGUAGGCGGCGAUAUUGAAGGGUACCCUUGGUCGUUUCUCCGGUAUAUAUGUUUCUGACGUCAUGGAGUGCUGAAGAGCGCGUUGCGUUGUUCCACUUUGAACUGGCGUGAGGCCACUGAUGUUUUGCGCAAGUAAUGUAUGGAUCUUUGGCUGAAAUGAAGUCAACCGUAGUUGAGUAUAACUCAGUUUUGUUUUCGUUCUCUAAGCUGCAAAACAGAAAUACUUGCGAAGUGUUCUAACUACUUUUAAGUUUAUGUGAAUAUUUUUACUUCAAAAAUGAAUUGUUGAGUUUUAUGAGGAGGUUCGUUCGUCCUGAUUAUUGUGGACUACUGCUGCCCUGCUUGGCAAUGACGUCAUACAUGACUGUAUAUGGGCCCAGAGCUGAAGUGGAAAUAAUUUUUGAUGACGUCAUUGUUGAACUAUUUGGCAGGAUCGAAUGCAGUAGAUCAUUGGACGAACAACUGGAAUCUGUAGAGUUCAUAUCGCCGCUUUUAAGCCAGAAUACCUCAUAUCAUUUUAUGGUUGUCUAUGUUAAUUUCUCAACCUCGUUAGCUUUGUUUUGGACUUGUUACAUUUCGGCUGGCCUUGCAAAAGUGACGCCGACGAUAAUGUGCUGUUAUAACUUAAGUACCUUUCCAUUUAUAGCUUACAGACUCGUUUUAUAAAAUAUUAUAAAUUUCAAAUGAUUAAUUGACUCGGCUGUAAGAUAUCUAACAUUUUUCACUUUCAUCUUGCCAUCGUAAAUUAUGUGUUUAUCAACUAUUACCGAACGCAACUGUAAAUAUGGUUUACAGUUGACCAUCAAAAAAAAUGUGGUAUACUUACUGACGGACCUACCGAUUUGAUUACAUUAUUUAAAUAUUUUGAUUUUUAUACGAAGUACGUGUAAACUAAUUGCUGUCAAGUGUUUGGUACAUCAUAAAAUUAUGGCUUUCUGUGGUGACAGUUGUCUCUGUCUAAUUUGAAGAUAUUCGGAUAUCACACUUGAGAAUCGAUAUUUAUUAUUUAUCGUAACUACCGAAAGUAGAAAAUGCCGACUUUGGAAAAACCAAGCGGUGCGCGUGGUUUGUUUGUAUGAGGAAGUCGUUUGAAUCCCCCGCUGCAUAAGGGCGUUCUUUUGAUUUCUUCAAAUCAAAGAACCAAGAUGGAUUUCACUCUUAUUUUCAAGACAUAGCACAGCCAGGUCUCAAAGGAUGCUUAAACUCAUUGAUGUAUUUGAGACCUAGCUGGGUUUUUUAUGAUAUUCUUGCGUGGCUGUGUGUGUUUAACUUGAUGAGCUUUACCGAAACGAGCUUUUAUUAAUUGCGAUGCGUUACGAAAAUCGUUCUUGGGAAAAAAUAUGGAAGUUCGUUUAAGAAACGUGUGAGCACACAAACUUAGGGUAUACUCGAUUUAUGAAAGAGAAAGGGUGUUAGCCGACUCGGCUAAGUUAACAAGCUGGUUUAUUUUUGUAUCUUAAGCAAGGUAUAUAUGUUAAACAGCUUCAAGUUUGAGAAAUAUUACAGGGAAAAAGUCGACAUUUCUCAUUUUGGUAUCAAGUCGGGUCGUAAACUUAUAGAAACGCGGCAUAAUGGGGAAAGCGCAGCGAGUUGUCAGUUGGUGGUUGUCUGACAUUUAAGCUUUACUCUUUUCUCCGGAAACUCAAAGGUUUUAUACUUGUGUAAUUUUAUGUAUAUCACAAAAGACAUUAAUGGUGGUAAGUUCAAGUCUGGAAAAAAUCAAUUAUUAUUUAUUCUACCUUGUGCAGAGUGAAACUGAUUAAUGCCUUUAUCUUUUGCAAUAAAACAUAAAUGCACCUUAAUUUA